GAAGCCAUGUUGGAUCUACACUGGAUCCUGGUUGGGAUUUUCUAACGCCGUAUGUUUUUCUUUAAAGAAAUCCAAUUUUCGUGCUUUUGUCGGGGUUCGUCGGCCGAACUCGAUCGUAAACGAUGAACUCCAGUGUCGACCUGUCCCGGCGGAAUCCGCAGGAGGAUUUUGAGCUGAUCCAGAGGAUAGGAAGUGGCACAUACGGAGAUGUAUACAAGGCUCGUAAUGUAAACACAGGGGAGCUGGCUGCUAUCAAAGUCAUCAAACUGGAACCUGGUGAGGACUUUGCUGUCGUCCAGCAGGAGAUCCUAAUGAUGAAGGACUGUAAACACUCUAACAUUGUUGCCUAUUUUGGCAGCUAUCUCCGAAGGGAUAAAUUAUGGAUCAGCAUGGAGUAUUGUGGAGGAGGUUCGCUACAAGAUAUCUAUCAUGUAACUGGUCCUCUGUCUGAGUCACAGAUAGCCUAUAUGUCACGGGAGACGCUGCAGGGUUUAUACUACCUGCACAAUAAAGGCAAAAUGCACAGAGAUAUCAAGGGAGCCAACAUCCUCCUGACAGACAACGGCUACGUCAAACUUGCUGAUUUUGGUGUGUCAGCCCAGAUCACAGCCACUCUCGCCAAGAGAAAGUCAUUCAUUGGAACGCCUUACUGGAUGGCUCCAGAGGUGGCGGCAGUAGAGAGGAAGGGCGGCUACAAUCAGCUGUGUGAUAUCUGGGCGGUGGGCAUCACUGCCAUAGAGCUGGCUGAGCUACAGCCCCCCAUGUUUGAGCUCCACCCGAUGAGGGCUCUUUUCUUGAUGACCAAGAGUAACUUCCAGCCUCCGAAGUUGAAAGAUAAACUCAAGUGGACAAAUAACUUCCAUCAUUUUGUGAAGUUAGCUCUGACAAAGAACCCAAAGAAGAGGCCCACGGCAGAGAAGCUGCUCCAGCACCCGUUCGUCUCCCAGCCUCUCAGCCGGACGCUCGCCAUCGAGCUGCUGGACAAAGCCAACAAUCCCGACCACAGCACGUUCAACGACUUUGACGACGACGAGCCUGAGCCUGAGUCUCCAGUAGCUGUUCCUCAUCGUAUCCGCUCCACCAGCAGGAGCACCCGGGAAGGAAAGACCCUAUCCGAAAUCAACUUCGGACAAGUGAAGUUUGAUCCUCUCUUGAGAAAAGAGACGGAACCUCAUCACGAGCCGUGUGAUUCUGAGCCCUAUCUGGACUGUGUUGAGGAGCUCUACUAUACCGCGAGAUCUAAUCUGGACUUGCAUUUGGAGUAUGGCCAUGAUUCACCAAGUCUGCUUGGAGGAAACAAGAGUCUUCUGAAGUCUGUCGAGGAGGAGCUUCAGCAGAGGGGCCAUGUUGCACACUUAGGGGAUGAUGAGGAUGAUGAUGGUGCAGAUGAUGAUGAUGAAACUCAGACUCACAAAUCCAGCACUAUUAAGAGGCCAAAGGAGCCCCCUCCCCUCCCUCCAAAGCCAAAGUCUAUCAGCUCCUCCCAGCAGCCCCCUCAGCAGAAAAAUGACGAGAGCCAAUUACACCACGAGGACGACGCAGGAGGAGGGGGAACCAUCAAGCGCUGCCCGAGCUCAGAGGCUCCGAGCCCCGCCAAGCCGUCCUCCAGCGUCCCCCCACGGCCUCCGCCCCCGAAGCUGCCGCCCCACCGCCGCAGCAGCCUAGGUAACGACAGCCCGAAGCGAAAAGACGUGGGAAACUCUGCCCCAGAGGAGGAUGAUGAUGGGAGCUUUAGGCAUUUCUGGGAAUGGCUCCACACGCCUCACACAGAGGAGGAGCUGGAGGAGGCUUGGGAGGUGCUGAAGGAGGUGAAAGAGGAGCAGGAAAAGGAAGAGAGUAAGAGCAGCUGAUUGGUAGCUGGGUAGUGUCCACAGACCCUGUUGUUCCCAUCGGUUAUGUGGUCCCCCCCCCAUUAGCCGGUUCUUUUUCCUGUAGACUAACUGAUUUAUCUGUUCCAUGAGCACAUUAACAACAAAACGCUUUUCAAAUGGGUUUUUCUUUUUUUAUUGAUUUAAAGUUCCUUCUGUUCAUCAGCUCCUGCUCAGUAUUACUGUCUGUCCUUUCUAAGGUCUAAUUAUUUUCCUCUUUUAUUUUUUCUUAAUCCAAUCAGUCAAUCAGCUGUUACCCUGUUAGAGCCAUAAACAAGAACAAUUUGGACAAGAAAUGUUUAUGGCUCUAACACCCUUCCUCCCCCCCUAACUUCCAAGAAGGAAGAAGAGAGAUUUUGAAUUCGGAAAUCUUUAUUUUCCUGCGGAACUUUAGAAACAGAAAGAUAUUAAUAGUUUUAAGGGGCUUUUUAUAGUCAAGUAUCUGAUUCUUUGGAUCGACCAGAAGAGUUUGGUGCGUCGUGUGUCGGAGAUUUGCUUGAUAGGGCAUACUGUAAACUCAGUCUGUCAUUAGUUCAAAUAUUUUAAAACUCAAUUUUCAUUUAUUUUAUAUGGAUUUUGCGUCAUAACCGACAUAAAAGUUGUCUAAUUGAGAUUAGCUAG